UCAAAAAUCGUCCAAAAUCGCGUGACGUCAUUUAUGAACGGCCCCUUUACUGCUCCCUAUCAGUCGGUCUCAUUUGUUCAAAUUUACUUUGAUGGUGAUCGAAGUCAAAAUAACCACAAUGCACUUCUUGAGGAACUGCUGAUGGUUUAUUGUAUAACGCAUAAAAACUAAGUGCUUCUUACACGUUUUUUGUAUGUUGUUUGAGACUUAUGGUUUUCUGGUAUGUACUAUUCUUCUAUCCUCGCGGGUUAUUUUGUUACUAAUUUCAUUGUGCUUUAUGUUGCAUAAAACGAUACUGUUGUAGAAUAUGUAAUUGCCUAUCAUUAAUGUACUACACUACAUGCGGUUUUAGGAAACAGCUUAUGAUACACAUUACUGUAUAUACAAAAAAACAACUAACGGCUCCCAGCAAAUAAUUUCCUGCAAGUUAUGUUUCUGGCUUGACAUAAAAUUGUAAUAGGUGCUUUCAUAAGUUUGAUUUUACUCAAGGUGGUACAAUAUUACAAAACUGUGUGAUAAAAAUUUGAAAUGUGCUGUUUCUACUGCCGUGUCAGCGUUCAACAAUAAUAAUUGUACCGAUUCCAAAGUGUAACCCUUUCCUAAAUGCCCUCCUUCAAAUGGCAUCUGGCUCUGGCAUGGCUCAUGUUUUGGCUCCCGUGAGCUCCGCUUUGAGUAUCACGCCUCUUGCCCCCCAGCUAAUCCUGCCAGCAGAUGUAUUCGUAACCAAAAACAUGUCCCGGUGAAGUUCAUUCAAAAUAAAGCCCCGCAAUCUGAAAGAGUCUGAGGCUGUUUCACCCUUUUGGGCAAAUCCAUCCACGUCUCCCGGGGUGGUUUGGUUUGUCUCCUUCAAGACGUAUUUCUGUAGUCUUUGGCGAUGAUAAAUAUGAUUACGGUUUAGCCAUGAAACAUUUACAGGCGACUCCCCAUCGUUGUUACGUGCGUAUUCUAUGAAAUGUUUGAAAGAAUUCCACAUAGAUGCGGAUUUACUUUUAUGCGCGGAGCAGCGUAGUGAAAUAGGAUUCUGCGUGGUGGAUUUGUUGAGUUUUUUUUUUAAAACUCGACUCCAUCAGGAAGGAUUAACUACAGCCACCCCAUAACCACACGAAUACCAGUGUGUAUAGUACAGUCAUUAUAAUUUACAUAAAUAUUCACUUUUAAUUGUAGUUUUAAACGUGAAGAAGACCAAAAUAAACAAUUAUGUUUGUAUAUCGCCUUAUACAUUCUAUGACUUUAAAAAAAAACAUGUUUUAUAACGCCAGGAUUAUUGAUUUAUGGUGAAAAAUAAGGAAAUCACUACUAACCACAAACCAAUAUAGUUUCAGUAAACAAAUAAACAGUGAUGGACAAUCUACAAUGAAAACGAAUAGUUGUAUGCAACGUCUUUAAACACAACUUUGGCUGCAAAUGCAUUCAUAAUGAGGUGGCAGCCCAUUAAGAUGAAACCGUUCCUUUUGCAUUCCAACCCAUUUUAGCAAGAUGUAAUUGACAAAAAAAAACCCCAGGAUUUUUUCAAAAAGGGUACCAUAACAACACUUGCACGUGCGUAAAUAUAAACACAUUUAAACACUACACGUUUACAAUGUGUGUAAAAAAAACCCCUCCUCUCUCCAUAACACAACUACUAACGGGAAUGACAGCACAUGAGCGUCACUCGGCUUUGGUGUGUUCGCAGCACAGCAAGACGGUAUAAUGAUGUUGUUGAUGAUGUUGUGGCUGUCAUCCCUCUUUUGUGAGUUGGAUUCCUGUCGGCGAGGUGGGGGGGGGAGAGGGCAAUUUCAUUUAUUUGGAAUUUCUCAAAAACAAUGGCUUAAAAAGGAAAACAUGACCCUCUGUCUGCGCCUCGGAUGAGACCCGCCUACCAGCCGCCAGCUCUUCCGGGUGAAACAAGCUAAGCCAUUAGUUGUCGGCUGGUGCGAGCACAAGGCGGGCCAACAUCUUACCUCCUUCUCGCUGCUGUUGAAAAGGAAGGAGGAGGGUGAGGGUUGGUGGGGGGGUGGCCGGCAAGCAAAAAGAGCAAAACAAACCCCGGCUCAUCGCAAAGCGCCUGGCGGUUCGCAAGCGUACGGACGUAACGAUCGUUCGUCUCUCGGAUGUACCCUGCCAACCUCUGCAGCACCUCUGUCGCAUCAUGGAAUGUCCCUCACUGCAACUGCUAAAUAGGCGCAUCAACCACAACGAACAAAUUUGGGAGCUGGCCGGAUAACACGAGAGAACGCUGUACUAAAUCAGCAGCACCUUCCUCAACGGCAUCUAGGAAUAUAUCUUGCCCAUUUUAUACUGUUAUUGAGCUCUGUGAGUUUAGCUUUAAAUUGCAUAAUUAGUUACAUUGAAUUACACUGACUUGAUUUAGUACAACUAUUUUAAUCGCCGGAUCAUUUAAAUGUUAAAAGUAAUCCCUUUAUUUAAGAAAAAUUAAGUAAGCAGACGUUUUCUAACAAAAAAAGGAGAAAAUAAAUACCAUUUAAUUGCUGUUUGGGCGUUUUAUUUUUAAAGGAACACGGUAGAAAUAUUUUAAUACACUUCCUAGAUCGUUAUUUGAAAGUUAAGUUGGAAUCUUAUGUUAUGAACUACUUUUAAUAAAACCUCAAACUAAAUCUAGCAAUAUCUGGUCUUGGGUGUUAAAAAAAUAAAGAUUUAGUCUAAGUAUUAUUAUCACUUGUCAUUACUGUAAUAAGUGGGACUCCACUUAGUGGAAUAAACACUCGGACGAAGAUUAUUAUUAAAUUAUAAAUAAUAACAGGCUUAGAACCUCAACAAUUUAGCUUCUGGCUUUGAACAUCUGAGAAGUAGAGCGAGUCAGUGCCGACAGCUGCAAAGUUGCGUUAAAAUCCCAAGUCACUGUAAGGAAUCCCAUCGCCAAGAUGAUUCUAACAGAGUACAUGUGGAUGGUGAUCGUCGGCUUCAUCAUAGCCUUCAUCCUCGCCUUCUCCGUGGGCGCCAAUGACGUGGCCAACUCGUUUGGCACGGCCGUGGGCUCCGGCGUCGUCACCCUCAAGCAGGCCUGCAUCCUGGCCUCCAUCUUCGAGACGCUGGGCUCCAUUAUGCUGGGAGCCAAAGUGGGUGAAACGAUCCGCAAGGGCAUCGUGGACGUCGACCUGUACAAUGAAACUGCGGAGGUGCUGAUGGCCGGCGAGGUCAGCGCCAUGGUCGGCUCGGCAGCAUGGCAGCUCAUCGCUUCGUUUCUCAAGUUGCCCAUCUCUGGAACGCACUGCAUUGUGGGCGCGACCAUCGGCUUCUCCCUGGUGGCCAUCGGAACGCACAGUGUGCAGUGGUUUCAGCUCAUCAAGAUUGUUUCUUCUUGGUUCAUAUCACCACUGCUUUCGGGGAUCAUGUCUGCCCUUCUAUUCUACCUGGUCCGUUACUUCAUUCUGAACAAGGAGGAUCCUCUCCCUAACGGUCUUCGUGCUCUGCCUGUCUUCUACGCUGCCACCAUGGGCAUCAAUAUCUUCUCGAUCAUGUACACCGGCGCCCCGCUUCUAGGUUUUCACUUCGUCCAGACGUGGAUUAUAGCGCUCAUCACCGUUGGCAUCUCUAUCAUCACUGGCAUCCUCGUAUGGUUCUGCGUCUGUCCCCGGAUGAAGAAGAGGAUAGAAAGAAAGAAAGCGGAGCAGGUACGGUUGCGUGCAGAGGGCAGCCCUGCACGUGUGGGCCGGGAGGUGGUCCAGAACCCCAUGUUCGCCGAUGACUCUUCUGAGGACCGGGACCACGAGGACGAGUCCUCCAAGCCGGCAUUGCCCAUGGCUCUGACCAACGGUGGUGCCACCGUGGUGCCCACCGAGGUGGCAGGUGCCACGGUGCCACUUCUCAGCCCAUCCAGCGACCCUGGCAAAAUCAAGGUGGAUGGGAACGUUGGCAAAGCUGCUGCGGCUGGCGCUGAUGGCACGUCCGGGCGCCCGGCCGCGCUGCCUAUCCAGGUGGGUGACCUCUUCAAGAACGACGGCUACAGCCACUACCACACGGUGCACCAGGACUCGGGCAUCUACCGUGACCUCCUACAGAAGCUGCACCUGGGCCCGGGCGGUGCCGGCUCCGCGGGAGGGGCGCCCGGGGCGGCCCAACCGACGCACCCGCACGGGGUGCACCACUCCGUCUCCCAGCCGCAACACCACCACCACCAGUACCGCUCGCUGCGCCGCAACAACAGCUACACCAGCUACACCGCCGCCAUCUGCGGCGUGCCCAUCCAGGCGCUGAGUCAGCCGGAGCCAGUCGCCGCCGCCGUCUCCACGGAGGACAGCUUGAAACUCGUGCCCAGGGCAUCAUUCUCCAAGAGGCGCAUGCGGUACGACAGCUACUCCAGCUACUGCAAUGCGGUGGCGGAGGAGGAGGAAGCGGCGGCAUCAGGGGGGGGCCCGGGGGGCAGCAGCGGUGGGGGGCUGCUGGACUCGUCGCAGGUGCGCGUGGUAGUGGGGGGCGCGGCGCGGGCGACGCCGGUUGGGCAGGCGGCCGGCGCCGGCGGCGUGGCGGGGGAGACGGCCGAGUGCGACUUGUCGCAGGACGGCUCGUCGGACGGCGGCGAGGAGGACGACGAGAAGGACCCGCUGGAGGCCAGCCUUCUCUUCCACUUCCUGCAGAUCCUCACUGCCUGUUUCGGCUCCUUCGCUCACGGAGGGAACGACGUCAGCAAUGCGAUUGGACCGCUGGUCGCGCUGUGGCUCAUCUACACGGAGGGCUCGGUGAUGCAGAAAGCCGCGACGCCAGUGUGGCUGCUGUUGUACGGGGGCUUGGGCAUCUGCAUCGGCCUGUGGGUGUGGGGCCGCCGGGUCAUCCAGACCAUGGGCAAGGACCUCACUCCCAUCACGCCGUCGAGUGGAUUUAGUGUUGAGAUCAGUUCUGCUUUUACGGUACUCGUAGCCUCAAAUGUGGGCAUUCCAAUAAGUUCGACCCACUGCAAGGUUGGCUCUGUGGUAUCUGUGGGCUGGCUGCGGGCCCGCAAGGCCGUCGACUGGCGCCUCUUCCGCAACAUCUUCAUGGCGUGGUUCGUGACGGUUCCCAUCUCGGGGCUCUUCAGCGCAGCCAUCAUGGCCCUCUUCGUCUAUGCUAUCUUGCCGUAUGUCUAGGAGCGUGUGUGCAAGCGGAGAGGAGAUCCGAGGGUCAGAGAGGAGAAGCUUGGGGGGGGGGGGGAGGGGGGGGGGGAGGAUGGAGAGAGAAGGCUUUUUCGUAAAGUGUCAAGAAAGUUGCUGAGGUUAGCAAGGUGUAAUUUUUGGUUUGACAAGUUCUGUCAGCUUUUGUUGUGGGGCAUUCGCUCUGUAAUGCAAUGCAGAAUAGUUGAAUGGUAGAUUUGAAAUUAAAACUACUCAGUCGGCCUUUCUGCGGCUGAGCUACUGCUGAGACCAGAAGCAUUCCUAUUUGUGCGCACAUCCCAAUAAGUUAAUGAUCAGAAUUCCCUGCAGCUUUUUGUUAAUGCCUACACUGUAUCAAUAUUAAGAUCUGCACUAUGUGUAGGGUUGCAGAAAUUAUUAAAGAGAAACCACUUCAAUUAGGGCUGAGGAUUCUGGCUCAUCUCUCUUACUGUUGUUUUGCUCGAGUGCGCAUGAUGCAUAUGUGCACUCCACAACAUAUUCGAAACACAUACACGCAGUCUGCAUGCGACAGUUUGUCCUCGAAAUAAUGUGGGUGGAUAUGCCGUGUCCCACGUAUACCGAUUUUUUUUUUUGGGGAACCCCUAGAAAAUCCUAAUUUGGAAGAAAAACAUUUAAAUCGAACUCCCGAAGCUCAAAACUGAACCGCGUGCGAAGCAUUGCUGACUUGGCAUAAGCGGAGUCUCCACGCCCCCGCGCAAGAAAGUCAUGUCCCAGGCAGUCCCAGUUGAGUCCUCUGCAGUAACUAUUCUACACUACUCGACAGUGCCCUACUGCUCCACCACACCUGUAAACCAAGAGUUGCGUUCUUAUCAUUUUAGAUUUUAAUUCACUUGAUACCUUAAUAUUGAAUAUUACAGUAUUUUGUUUAUAUUCAAUAUGAUUUGUUGAGCACUCAAAAUUGUUAUUACAAACCAUACAUGGGCUAAAUUUAGUUUGUGUAAAAAACAAGAUAUGCCAGGGUACCCACCCCUGAAUUACUCCAGUAUCUCGAGGACAUAGUGUGUUAUGCGAUUCAUAUCAUAUAUUGAAGGACCACAGUCUUUUUUUAUAUGCAGUGUGCCAUUUCUGUUGCACCUACAGCCCACACUUUUUAAUUGGCUACCGUCAGCAGGAGCGGCAGCCACAACAACGUAUUCCCAGCCAUAGGAAGAACAACUUCCUGGCAAGCCGCAGAAAGAUCCUUUUCUGCGGCUCCCAGGUUGAAGAGUUUGGCAGUAGCUUGCUGAAUGGAGGUGUAGAUCAACAGGUGGCUUGCGUUGGCGUCUACGAAGGCAGCCAGCACCUUAAAACUCCCAUGGGUGUCUCCACGUUGUGUCACCAAGUGCAGUCUUUAUUGCGGUCGAGAUCGGCCGUACAUUCAAGCCCUUGCCAACCCGCAACUUUUGAACGAUCCCUUUUAACACCAGCAUUAUAUUGAAGCUAGUUUCUGCAAACAUGUCGGCAUUUAAAGAGCUACCACCGGAGAAAUGUACGUGUGUACAUAUGACGGCCAAAAAAGUAUAAACCAUUGUUUCAAUGCUAUUUUUGUUAUUCACCUGGCAAAAAAAUAUUGAGGUGCAGUACAAUAUAAUAUCUGACUUGCCGGGACAGAGUUAAACAUCUGUAGAAAAUUAUACUUGCACCAUGCACGAAUAUAUUGCCUGACAAAAAUAAAUUCCAAACUGUCCCUAAACAUGGGGAAAUACUUUCCUGUACUUUCGAAGUGAAUGUAUGCAAGUAAGAUUAGCCGUACAUUACUGCAUGUAAAAAAAGGUAAAAAUGUAUGAUAAUCAAUCGAAAAUGACAUUUACUCCACAACAAAUCCGCACUGGUUGUGAGUAAAAUUGUGAGGGCAGACACGAUCGUCGGAUAUGCGACGUUGUACUGUACAAUCCAUUAAUGGUAAUGCUUUGUAACAUUUUUUUGUAUUUCUUAGCUUGAUUUAACAUUUUAUUACAUAGACAUAACAAAAAAAACCUGUUGAAAGUAUUGAUGAAUUUGUUAAAUUAAUGACAUUUUACAAUUCAUUUUAGCAAGUUAGCAAACAUGAUUUUGGUACUUGCCAUGGUCGUGAUAUUAUUGAGGUUUUCCAAAUGAUUAUGGCCGAGUGUGGUUAGAAACCCAAUAUCGGUUUCAGUGCACACACAAAACAGCCAGUAAAGAAUUCAGUUUAACAUUGUUGUACAAUACUGUAAUAAACGCUUUGUAUGCGUCCAACCUAAACUAUUCGUUCUUGAGUAAAUGCAAUUAUGGGUGUGCAGCAUCAUUUAGGCUUGAGGUACCUGAAUCAAUUGUCUGUAAACCUGUCAUUUUUAAUGUUUUAUGAUAAAUACCUGCAUAUUCUAAUGCCAAAUAUUUGAAGCUUCUCAUACAUGUUCAAAAUUGUACUGAAACAUUUACUUUUAAUUCGCAUUCAUUUUUAUAAAACUAACAACAUAUAUCAACUUUAUAAAACGUGGUUUUAACUGUCAUAAAUCAACUGGAUUGUCAUCAGUCACUUAAGUUAUAAUUUUGAUAAAUAUGCAUAAACAAUGUAUUUUUUCCCCCAAAACAGAGGGAAGGCUUCUGUUAAAUAUAAGAAGACGCGUAAACUUGAUUUUAGAAGUAUAAUCACACAAUAAGUUUGUACACGUCUACAAAUUACGUAUGUUGCAUAUCACACAUUGCCUCGCUUCUGUGGUCGGGGCAUAGUGUUUUUGAAUUAAUUCAUUGUGGUAGACUCGUCAUCAGUAUGAAACUGUAUAUGGGCUUUGUUAAUGCACAAAUCAGCAGCCACCACAAUUCUCAAUUGCCUCAUGAGGUAAAAAAGACAGCUAAUAAUAUUCUAGCAUCUAUGACUACACACUUGCUCUUGUGUAGGUACAUAAUUCAUAAGUUAUUGUUUUAAAUACUGGCACAUUACUAGUGUCAUUCACUGUUUUUUUUUAUCAACUUAAACACCUCCAAGUUACUUAGUCGUGCACAUACACAUGUAGAGGGAAGUGAAAACAUUUGGAAAUUGAAUAUAAAUUAAUUAUGCACGUACAAAUUGUUACUUUAAAAGCAGUGAAUGCUUAAUUGGUGUUUUAAAUAUAUACUGGAUGAAUUACGGUGUGCAUAUUUUUUUUAAUUCAAUGUCUCGUUCUUGAAAUGUUUAACUAUCCCCCUGUAUAUGUUGUAAGAUUUCCACUUUGCUGUUUAGAAAUCCCCCUUGUUAUUUUGGGGGAAAUGUUAAUGUACUAAUGGAUAUGUAGUUUGUUUCUAAUGAUUUUGCUGAAAUGGUGUGUACGGAUAAGACAAUGCAAUCAUCAUUAAUAUUUAAAUUAUUUUUUUAUCUUGCUGUUUUAACCAAAUUAAUAAUGGCACCUUCCAAAUGAGUUAUCAAAACUUUAUCCCUUGGGUUGAGCAAUACAUAGUUUAAAGUGAGGGUUGGAAAGAUCUAUAUUAUAAAUAGUGGAAUAUGCUCUAGAUGUGUACACAGGGGAGUGGUGCUUGCAGUUUGGGAACUGGUUUACAGGUGUAUUUGUAUUUUGUACAGCAGUUGCUUUUAGUGUAUGAAUCAUACUAUACAACCAUAAGUGGUUUAUAUAAUGCAACAAGUGCAUACUUUGACUUGGCUUUCGUAACCAGUGUUCAAUAUGUUCAGUAUCAUCUAAAUAGACAGCUCGUAAUUGCAUGACAGCACAUGAGCUGUAAUAAUAACGUUUCCAGGCACACACCUAUUGUUGAUAUCUCCCAUAAUCUCGCUACAAGAUAGACCGUGCACACUGGUAGUGCAUAAGUGUGUAUGUAGAAGUGGGUGGGGGGGGAUGGUCCCUGCUUUCCAUAAUGGAAAGUCGAUUAAACCAGAGUAAAUAUGCCGCUUUCACUGAGAAAACUAACUCGAAAACCUAUUUACCUGUAUUCAAACUAUUUACCUGUCUUCAAAGACCAUGUUGCGGGUAAUCAUUGCAUAUAUAUAUGGUUUUGGGUGUGUUGUAGUGCAGUGUGUCAGAUCUGUUGGGACACACAAACGGUUAGAACAGGAGAAACACGCAAAAUAUAUGGAAAUAAAUAUCAAUUGAAUCCCUUCCUGUAGUGGACUGGAUGAAAGAUGAAUGUAUCCAGUAAACGUAGUGACUGAGCUUAAAUAUAAUUGGUCUCUGCUCUAUUUGGACCGAGCAAAUGGAAAUUCACAUUUAAAACGUCGUCUGCUGGCAUGUUUCCAUGUCCUACCGUGCAAUGCUACAGGGAUUCCCUUAGUCGGUAGUGAAAUUAAAUGAAAAAACAUGAAAAAAUAUAUAUUUGGGGGAUUAACUACCAGAGUAUGGUAAUGAAAAAAAUUAGCGUUUUAUAACAAACAAACAAAUCCAAUGUGAAAUUUAGCGAGUUUAAAACUACUGUUCAUAUAUAGUUUUAUUUUCUUUAAGAAACAUUUUUACUGGGAUAAAUUGUUUUAAACAUAGCAUACAUACUACACAUACUGGAUUAAUGAUUCAUUAUUGAAGAUUACUUAUUGGAAAACAAAAACGGAAUUCCUUCAACUGGAAAAUGUUUCUGUGGAUUUUUGAUGAUCAAAUUUAAUACAUAUCCCAGAUGCGUAUUGAUAAACUUGUGUUAUUUUCAUGUUCGCCAUCAUAAAUCGUAUAUACUAAAAACGACUCCGUCAAAUGUGGCGUUUCAUCUCUUGAUUCAAAACUGCCAUAGUUAUUAUUUAUCCCAGGUAAUAUUUCAAAAGACAUGGAUAUUGUUCCCAGUGAGAAUUCGGUAAGUUCCAACGCCCAUUUGUGUGUGUGUACUGACGUGCGUGUGCGCCUGCACGACUGACCGUUUCCCUCAUUCAGCAGAUCGUAGAGUAAAACGUUUGAGAUUGGACGAAAGCACUUGAAAAGCCAAUGAAAUCCGUUCAGAAUGAAGUGUUGCUGUCCAUUCAUAUGGGGGAAAAAUGCAAGGAAUGAUCAUGCGUAGAAUGUUGGCAAUAAUGUAUAUCACAUAAUAAAGUAAAUUCAAAUCGUUUUGACGUUGGUUUCAUAUGAUCUAUGGGGUAUUGCGACCACUUGCCACAGCCACGUCAUCUUAUGACAUUAUUACACUACUUUUUGAUAUUCAAGUAUUUUUUUGUUCUAUAUUUACAGUACAGGAGUAUAAUACAUGCAUACCAGACACAUUUAUGUUUUGCAUGGUGUUGGGUUGACUUAUGUUGUUUUGUGACGCCAAAGUUAUUUUAGAAUGUUAGUUUGUUAGAUACUUUCCAGGUCAAACUAUUGCAGCAGAAAAUGAUUGUUAAUUUUAGGAAUUACAUUUAAAUCAUUCAUUGGAUCUUACAGGCCUGUUGCCAGUAGUAAAACAAACAAAAUACUAAACCCUGAAGGCUCCUGCAGGUAUUGUAUCUUGGAAAGUGAUUAUGCCUGUAAAUAUAUGAAUAGUGAAAACUGUUGCCAAGCCCUCUGGGAUGCUGUAUUACUUAUAUAGGCAUUGUGUGCGUGUUUGAAUUUGUGACUUUUAAAGAAAAAAAUACUGCUCAUUAACUUCAUAGGUCUUCCAUUCAGUGUUUUUUUUUUAAUUUCUGACAAAAUCAGUUUCGGUGUCAUGUGUGCAAGUGUACAACAAUGUCCUACAUUUCGUACUGUAAAAAUGAAAUGUUUACUAUAAAUAAACUUUUCGGUUGAACCAUU